UCUUCUACCCAUAAUAACGCAUAAUCAUACAACACCAUCAUCACAAAAAACAACAAAAAUGGCUAGCGAUGGAAGUGACGAAUUCAAAUUGGUAUCACCAUCAAUAUCCAACGAAGGUAGAUUACCAAGACAAUACACGGAUGAAGGACAAGGAGCAAAGAAGAACAUAUCUCCACCAUUAGAAUGGUACAACCUACCACAGGGGACCAAAACUCUUGCAAUUGUGGUGGAGGAUUUGGAUGCAUCCGACUCAGAUGGUCCAGUCGUUCCGGUUACUCACUGGGUCGUGAUCAAUAUCCCUCCGACCGUGAAGGGAUUGCCAGAGGGAUUCUCUGGCAAAGAGGAGGAGAAGGGUGGAGAUUAUGCUAAAAUCAAAGAAGGGAAUAAUGAUUGGAAACAGCCUGGUUGGCGUGGUCCAAGGUUGCCCACACAUGGUCAUAAGUUCCAAUUUAAGCUCUAUGCCUUGGAUGAUGAGCUUCACCUUGGUAACAAGGUGACUAAGGAGAAAAUGUUGGAGGCUAAAGAAGGGCAUGUGCUAGGAGAAGCGAGCUUCAUUGCUAUUUAUUAAUGUGAUGUAAACGUUAAACUAUAUUAGUAUACAAUGUUUUUGACUUAUGUACUAUUAGUACUUUGAAAUGUGAAAACUAAUGACACUAGUUUUUGCCUAAUUACUCAUUACUAAUUGCAGACAAUUUCUUGCUUGAAAUUUUAAAGUAA